AAAAAGAUUGCACAUUUCAUAUUGACCGUGAGACUGUCCAGUCCAGAAGAACCGACUUGAGGACUAUUCAUUAAAUGUGUAUACAAAACACAGCAGUGAAUUAAUAACAUAAGCAAUGUCACCUCGUACGUCAAGCUUUCCUGGGCUUUGGAAAUACCCAACGAACAGGGAUGCAUGGACAAAAUCAGCGCUCAAAUGGAUCGAGGGGCGCCGCCUUGAUGACGGAGCUGAGGGACUUUGGCGAAUCCAAGACCACCUUUAUGAUUUCACAUCAUUCAUCGAGAUGCAUCCUGGAGGCCCCGAAUGGUUACUUCUCACAAAGGGCACUGACAUUACAGAAGCUUUUGAGGUUCAUCACUUAACCAGCGCACCAAAAGCUAUGCUAGAAAAAUACAAAAUCAGACCAGCUCUAACUUUGAGAAAUUCGCCGUACACCUUCCACAAGGAUGGAUUUUACAACAGAAUGAAAUCUACAAUAUUGCGCGAAUUUCCUGUUGAUCAACUGAGAGGGUCGACAAAUUUCUCUAAAUCAGUUACGGACGUCGUUGCCGCCACGUUCUUUGCCCUCUCUUUGCUCAGCGCCCACCUACAGAGUUAUCUACUCGCGCUUUUAUCUGGAUUCUUUCUUGCAAUGACCGUCAGUGCAGCGCACAAUUUCGUCCACAUGCGUGACACCGAGUGGCGCAGAUUUUACGUCAGCCUCAGCAUGCUCUCAGCAAAGCAUUUCCGCGUUUAUCACACCCUGAGCCACCACCUGUACCCAAACAGCGUCCUAGACUUGGAGGUGUCGCUUUUGGAGCCGUGGCUGCCAUGGUUGCCGCGGCAGGACAAAACUUUCUGGUCGCGGUAUGUGACGUGGGUCAUCACCCCCAUUGUGUAUGCAGUUGUCUUUCCCUUGGAAUACGCUCGACGAAUUUGUGGCAACGGACCUGACCUCAAGAAUGAUCUAAUUCCCCUCACCGUUCCCAUUUUAAUGUCAUUGCUUGGACCUUCCUGGCAUUUGUGGCCAAUCAUAAUUUUAACUUCCAGUUUCACAUUUUCACUAACGAGCAUAAACGCUGGUCACCACCACCCCGAGGUAGUGCACGACGGUGAUUCUGUUCGCGGCGACCGCGACUGGGGCUUGGCGCAAGUGGACUGUGUCAUUGACCGCGGUGACCUGGCCGGGGUCAGGGUGACUCCGGAGGGCCAAAUUCGCAGCUCGCCCAGUUGGAUGCACUCCGUACUGGUGCUGUGCAAUUUCGGCCACCACACUUUGCACCACCUCUUCCCAACAAUCGACCACUAUCGUCUGAGGAAACUGUAUCCCCAGCUGGAGAGGACCAUGGCGGAAUUCGGCAUCAGGUUUAGAACAAGCGGUGCCGUGGACUUGGUCGGUUCACAGUUUUUGCAGCUUGCCAGGAACAAGCCCAAUCUUAUUCCGCCUGACCAGAGAGAUCAACGCGCAUGAGAAGACACACAUAUUUUAUAAAAAAAAUAAAAAAUAAUAAGUAGUGUAUUUUUAGUAUCUAAUGUAGUGUGUCAUGAUGACAUGCCAUUUGAGGUUUUUUCUCUCGAAACAUUUUUCUGACACACAAGAGAGCUUAUAAUUUUCUUUAAAAUUCAAUUUUAUGUGUUUGAAUACUUUGAAUUAAUUAAUUACAUAAUUUUUCAAAAAUGAUAAAAAUAAUUUGGUCAUACAUGUUAAAUCCAAAUAAAAAUAAAUUUAAACUUCAAAAAUAAAUACUCCAUGUGAUACAAUUAAAAACAGCAUGCAAACCUUGUUCUCAAAUUUCUGCAAUAUAAUUAAUUAUAGAAUAAUAACAUUUAAUUAAUUGGAUCAGGUACUUUACUUUUACCUGCUUUUACCAAUCUGCUUCCGCACACACACUGGACAAAUUUCUCGGACCAUCUGCAAUCAAAGAAACAAUUUUGUAAUUUUAUAUAAAUUUGAGGAACCCUGAAAAUGUACUUUGCAAUAAUAGCUAGGUGCUCAUGCACAGUGCUUUUUUUAUUUUAUUUAAAUAAAUAAUUUAAGCCAAUAUGAUAUCUAGAAAUUGUAAUA